CUGAAUUCCCACCUAUUCAAUCCGCGAUAGAAGCUCAUAUCAAGGCCGACAUGGAGAGAAUCGUUCGUGAAGAGAAAUAUAUUCGAGAUCAGACAGCAGCAGUGGAUCAAAGUCUCAGAAGGUGCAAGGCUCUGGCAAAUAUAAUGGUAACAAUGAAGAAGCUUGCAAUGGUUCAGGAUCCUACCAUACAACGAACCAAAAAGGAAACCAACUCCUCCUCUGCAGUAACUAGCCCUUCACCAGCUCAAGCGCCGCCUCCUCCAGCGCCGCUUCCACCGCAAUCACCACCGCAGCCGAUUCCGGUCGUAAUUCCAAUUCAUCAUCAGAUGAGCAGUAACGGAAACGAUCAGCCCCAACUGGCAAUCUCCUCGCAGUUUCCAGCAAAUGGGUCACAGGUCCAAGCACUAAACACUACAAAACGCACAGAAACCUACUCCAAUGGUUCACAGCCAGUAACAAACGGCUCACACCAAAAUGGCCCUGAAAUCGCUGCUCCCUACACUCCAAAUAUAUCGAAGAACGCACCAGAGCAACUGCCGCCAGUGCCACAACAACCCCCUCUUUCACCAGCCACCGAGCUGGACAAUGUUCUUGAGGAGGUCUCACCGAGUGGUAUUCCUCCCCGACCGCCAAGCAGAUAUUCAGUGCAGGACGUCCGCAUGAAAUUCCAAAAGCCGCCUGAACUUCCUGAUCAAAUCAAAAGCCUCAUAGACGAGGUUGCACGUCGAGCAUCGCCUGGUCCAGAUGCGAACGAGCGGAGACAUCUCUGUUCCAGAUUGGAUCUAGAAGAACGACAGGAACGCUUAGCAGAAAAACAGCGCCAACUUCGCUCCCAAUUUCAGCAACUACAGCAAAUGACUCCUCUGCCGUGAGG